AUGUCAUCUCCCACCGUGAGCAAAGCUCCCCCUAAGCUGGGCUCCAAGGCUGGCACACCUGCCAAGAUCCGCAAAGGCUCUGGCUCAAGCGCAGCCUCAAAGCCCAGCAAUGCUGCCCCAGCAAGCCCCAAGUCCACGAAGAAAGCCACGCCCCGCAAGCUCUCUCAGAAAGCUCCCGAGCCAAUCGAAGCCGACGACCUCGACGAGCAGUCCAUCCCAGAAACCCCCUCCCCAAAGUCGAAGAGAAAGUCCGAGCAACGCCGCCCUGUCUCCCCUCCCGAUGAUGCCUCAGAGGCCCCCUCUGCCUCCGGCUCCGCUGCACCCCUUGGCCGCGCUGCAUCUGGCCUAGCCGGAAAGGCUAAGGGUCUUGCCGGCAAGACAAAGGAUACUGUUGAACAAGGCGCCGAGACUGCCAAGGAUACAGCAAAGGAUGCAACUGAAAAGCUUCCAGUGCCUCUGGAUUUGUCUGCCCUGAAAGGUCUCGAAAUUGCCCAGGGCGGAGAGAUCCUCGGACAGGAUGGUAACCCAAUUGGCAAGGUUGUCGAGGGUGACCCCGAAGACCUUGUUGGCCAGACCGUCGGCGAUGACGGUGAGAUUGUCGACGAAGAAGGCGAUCUGAUUGGUCGAGUUGAUAUCCUGCACGAGGUCGCCGACCAAGCCAAGGACGCUGUCCCCGAAGAAGCGCAAUCCAAGCUCGGGGACGUUGAUCUCGACAAUGUCGUCACCGAUCUUGCUCAGCUUGAUGGUCUCCCAGUUUCUGAUGGCGGUGUCAUCAAGAACUCCGCUGGUCAGAUUGUUGGCCGCAUCGUCGAAGGUGACCCAGAAGAUCUCAUCGGAUACACUCUCAACGACGACGGUGAAAUUGUCGAUGAAGAAGGUGAUGCCAUUGGUCGUGUUGAUCUGAUUCCUAUCGAGGAGCAGAAGAAAGCCAUUGAAGAAGCCACCGGCGAUGUGACCGAAAAGGUCGACGGCGCAAAGGACGAUGUUGAGGAUCAGUACGAAGAUGCCCAAGAUAGUCUGUCCCCCGAUGAGGCCGAGGAUGCUGCCCCCAGUGUCGGCAAAACAGCCAGCCAGGCCAAAUCCACUGUCAGCAAGGCCAAGUCCACUGCCAACGAUGCCGUCGAUGAGGCGGAGGAUGCUGCGUCCGAUGUUGAAGGCGAGGUCCCUGAUGUCGAUGACGCCAAAAAGACUGUGGAUGAUGCUGCGGACGAUACCAAGAUCAACCUCGAAGACAAUGUCGAUGGCGCCAAAGACACCGUCGAGGACACUGCGGAGGAUGCCCAAGAGGACCUCGAUGAUCCUAAGAGCUCCGCCGAGAAAACCGUCGAGGACACAACCGAGGAUGCCCAAGACAAACUCGACAACGCAAAGGAGACCACCGAAAACACCACCGAAGAUCUGAAGGAUGGAGUUGAGGAUGUCGCGGAGGACGCUCAAGAUGUUGCCGAAGACGCCAAGGACGGAGCCGAGGGUGCCGCAGAAGACGCCCAAGACACCCUCGAUGAAGCUCAAGAUACUGCCGAGGGCGCCACCGAAGACGCUGCUGAUGGCGUUGAAGAUGCGGUCGAUGAAGCGCAACAACAGCUUCCCGAUCUCUCGACCCUCGAGGGUCUGGCGUGCAACAAACGCGGCUACAUCAUCAACCAAGCAACCGGCAAGCCUGUCGGUGAACUCACGGAGGGCGAUCCCAAGAAGAUCGCCAAGAUUGGCGCAACCCUUGACAACAAGGGUCAGUUCUGGGACAACCGUGGCAACGUGAUUGGCAAAGCCCAGACCCUCCCCAUUGAAGACGACGAUGACGAAGAAGGCCCCUUCUCCGGAUUGGAGGGACUCGUCGUUGGAGAAGACGGCUUCAUUGAAGACGAGAACUCCACCCGCGUCGGACGCCUCAUCGAAGGAGACGCCAAGAAGCUCAGCGGGCGCGGCGUCGAUGAAGACGGUGAAAUCCUCGACCGCAAGGGCAACGUCAUCGGCCGCGCUGAGCGCCUGGAGCCUGAAGAGGAAGAGCCAGAGGAGGUCGGCCCCGACUUCUCAGCUGUCAAUGGUCUUUCCUGCAACAAGGCUGGAUACGUCAUUGGGCCUGAUGGGUUCCCCAUUGCUCGCGUGAUCGAGGGCAACCCCAAGGAACUCGCCGGAAAGAAGAUUCAGGAUGGCGAGAUCUACGAUGGCAAGAAUGUCGUUGGUCGCGUGGAGCUCAUCCCCGAGGAUGAGCUUGAGAGCAAGCCCGAAGGCCCCUUCGCUGGAAUGGAAAGCCUCUUCGUCACCAAGGAUGGAUUCGUCGAGGAUGACGAGGGAUCCAUCGUUGGUAAGAUCGUUGAAGGCGACCCAAAGAAGCUGCGUGGUCGUGCCGUCGAUGAGGAUGGCGAGAUCACCGACAAGUACGGCAAUGUGAAGGGCCGUGCUGAGCCUUAUGAGGUCCCCGAGGAGGAAGAGGAGGUUCCUGAAGAAAUCGAUCUCUCCAUUCUCGAGGGCAAGGUGGUCAACAAGUCUGGCAACGUUGUCGAUCCCGCUACUGGUGCUGUCGUUGGACGCAUCGUGGAAGGUGACAAGCGCCUGGCUGGCCGCAAGGUUGAUGGCAAGGGUCAGAUCUGGGGUGACAAUGGCAAGGUCGUUGGUCGCGCCGAACUGAUCCCCGGUGCCGAAGAGCACAAGGCCGAAGGUCCUUUCUACGGUUUCGACAACGCAACAGUCGGAAAGGAUGGUGUUGUUCAAGAUGGCGAACAGAUCAUUGGUCGUCUGAUUGAAGGCGAUGCGAAGCGUCUCCUUGGCCGAAAGGUCGACGAGGACGGUGAUGUCGUUGACAAGAAUGGCAACACGAUCGGCAAGGCCGAGCGCUGGGAGCCAGAAGAGAAGAAGCGCGAGAUCAACCCCAUGUCUGGGCGCAAGGUCACCAAGGAGGGUGAAGUCCGCGAUGCGGACGGCAACCUCAUUGGAAAGCUGACCGACGGCAACCUUGCCACUCUUGUUGGCAAGACCAUCGACGACAAUGGAUAUGUUGUUGAUAACGAUGGCAACAAAAUUGGCGAAUGCACUUUGCUCGAGAACAUCCCUGAGCCUGAGGAGCCUGAGCCCGAGCCCGAGCCCGAGGUGGAGGAAGAGGGUCCAUCACCCGAAGAGCAAGAGGCUGCUGCGAAGGCCGAAUCCGAUCGCCAGCUGGCUGAGAAGAUGAUCUUCAUCCUCAACCAGACCCUCGAGCGUGUCAAGCCUGUUUGCAAGCAAAUCACAGAUGCCAUUGAAAAAGCAGACCGCACCCCCAAGGACGAACUGGACGAGGAGAAGCUGGUCCAACAGGUGAAGCCUCUUCUUGAAGAAGGUGGCCGCAUUCUCCAAGAGUGCAACGGUUCAAUCCGCGCUCUCGAUCCGGAUGGACGUAUCGCUGCCACUGCUAAGGCGCGCGCGGCUUCUCGUGAUGCCACGCCAGAGGAGUAUCAGCUUGCCGACAUGAUCAAGGAGCUCACCGAGACGGUCGUGAAGACCAUUGACAACGGCAAGAAGCGUAUUGCUGACAUGCCUCACGCAAAGAAGAAGCUGAACCCCCUCUGGGGCUUGCUCUCUGAGCCUUUGUUCCAGAUCAUUGCUGCUGUUGGCUUGCUGCUGAACGGCGUGCUUGGACUUGUUGGCCGUCUGCUUGAUGGCCUUGGUCUUGGAGGUCUGCUGAAUGGCCUGCUCGGCAGCUUGGGUUUGAACAAGCUGAUUGACGGACUUGGACUAGGCAGCUUGACUGAUGCCCUGGGUCUUGGUGGCAAGAAAUAA